UGAGUGUCUUUAGCUAGCAAAAUGUCCAGUGUGCAGCUCUACAAGCUGCCAGCCUUUGUUAUUACGUGGCAUCUGAUCGCGUUCGGGCAGUAUGGUUACGCGAUUUACUAUGAUCGCUUCUUCGUCCACAUUCCGGAUGAUCUCGCCGUGCCGAAAAUGAUGCGACCUACGGAGUAUGGUGGACGAUCCAAAUUCUUGACCUACUGGUGUUUGAUUCUUCAAGCCGUUUACUUCACCAUUUGCCUGCUAAAUGAUUUCAUCGGUACAAAUGAGGUGGCCCCGAAGCGGAUGCCACUCAUCCGCAAAGUGAAAGACUACAUGCUUGCAGCGUUCGCUUUCCCGGUUGCGUUGAAUGUUGGCGUUACCUUCUGGACUCUGAUGGCAAUUGACCGUGAGCUCGUAUUCCCCAAGGUGCUGGAUGCCGUUUUCCCAGGCUGGCUAAACCAUGUAAUGCAUACCAACAUUGUCAUCUUCAUGGUGAUAGAAAUCUGCACCAGCUUCCGGCAGUACCCGACGCGUAAAGCCGGCCUAACCGGUCUGGGCAUUUUCAUGGCCUCGUACCUUGGGUGGCUGCACGUGGUACGACACUAUGGCGGUAUCUGGGUUUACCCGGUGCUGGAAGUACUAAACUUUCCCCAGCGUCUCGUCUUCUUUGCCGUCAGUCUCGGGUUUAGCGUCGGUCUGUAUCUGCUCGGAGAGUUCUUUAACAAUCUGAUCUGGACGAAGGAGCUGAAACAGCUUCGGACGGCCGGCGGCGCUAGUAAGAAGACCAAAUAGAC